AUGUGGAUGCAGGACCAAGACUAUCUCUAUAAUGGUGAUCUUCUUGAUGAUGCUUCAUUCUACAAAAGUCUAGUUGGAGGUAGUAUUGGUUCUGGUAUAACUCUGUCUGUUGGAAAUUAUCAGACUCUUGCUGCCUACUCAGACUCUGAAUGGGCUGGAUUCCCUGACACUAGAAAAUCCACUAGUGGAUACUGCAUUUUCUCAGGAAAGUCUCUUAUUUCAUGGUCAUCUAAAAAGCAACCAACUAUAUCUCGUUCAAGCACGGAAGCAAAGUACAAAUCAUUAGCUAUUACAAGUGCAAAGCUCCUCUGGAUAUCUUAUCUACUGAAAGAAUUGGGUGUUGUUUUAUCCGGGCAUGUUAUUCUUUACUGUAACAAUAUUAGUGUAAAUAGCUUGGCAAUAACCUUGUUUUCCAUGAUUGAAAAAAGGACAUGA